UUGACCAGCCGCCAGCAAUUGCGACUUCUAGUCCCGUCGUCGUCGAGUGGGAGUACGCGGAGUGGAGUUUGGGCUUUGGGGCCGAAAGCUGUUACCAAAUUAUUACCUGCUCUUAUCAGUAGCCGAAAACGACAGGUGGAAAACAAAAAAAAAAAAAAUAAGCGAAAUAAACAACGCUGAGAUCGGAGACAGAGCCGAGGGCUAGAUCGUCGUAGAUUCGCCCACGAAUCAGUACUGCUCGGCACCGGAGCUGAGUUGGACUCGCAUCUUGCGGGUAUUUCUGGGGGGCGCAAACCCGGCGCGAUCUCAAACCGCCGACGACCGGAGAACGGAGCAACUCAACCAAACGCUCGUCCUCCACAAAAAGCUGCUAGGAAAAUUCACAAAACUACAAAUCGAAUAAAACAUCAACGGUCGAGCUGGAUUUGCAUUAAUUGCCAAGUGAAUGUGUGAAGUGAAUGUGAGUGCAAGUGCAAGUGCGAGGAGAUCGUGUAAAACAUGAGCAUAUAAUUUGACAAGUCAACGGAAUUGAAUCAUUUAGCCAGCGACCACCACAGAAAUCAGUUGCAAAAACAACUCUUUAAAUAUUAAAUAAAAUACAAUAAAAUAUGGAUCAUCAAAGCCUGAGACAAAUUCUGUGGAUUAUGCUGAUCUUCAGUUGCAGCCUACGAGUCACUUUUGGUGCCACCAACACCACAGAAGAGGACGAGGACUGUCCAUCGUUGUCGAAUGCAGAGAACCUUCAGCAGACGCAGCUCAUUCAGCGCUUAACCCAUGUCUGCCGCUACGAUCGCCUUGAGCGACCCAUUGAAUACGAUCCUGUGACAGCGGCACGUCUACCCACUGUGGUAAAGACCAGGAUCUACGUUUACUUCCUGCAGAAUCUCAACUCCGAUCUGCUGCAGUUCAAGAUGCAUUGUCUUCUCCAGCUGCGUUUCCAGGACAAACGCUUGGCCUACAAGCUCAUCCAGGCCCAAAGGACCGACCCCAUUUUGGGCCAGAAGCAUCUCAGCGAGCGUCUGUGGCUGCCGCAUAUCUUCUUUGCCAACGAACGCGACUCCAGCAUCCUGGGCACCGAUGAAAAGGAUGUCCUUACCUCUCUGGCACCCGACGGUACUGUGAUUAUCUCCACACGGAUGGAGGCAACUCUGUACUGUUGGAUGGACUUUAAGAAGUUCCCCUUCGAUCAGCAGUUCUGCCACACGGUUCUCGAGAGUUGGAUGUACAACACCUCCGAUUUGGUGCUGGAAUGGGAGGAUCCUUCGCCCAUCUCCUUCGAUCCGGAUAUGCGGCUCACCGAGUACAACAUGGGCCAUUACUUUCACAACACGACGGUUGUCAAGGCGGAUAGCUUAAACCUGCGCCAUGGAGCUUUCGUGGGCAACUACAGUUCCUUGAGCUUCACGGUAAACCUGAAGCGUGAGAUUGGCUUCUAUCUGCUGGACUACUAUCUGCCCUCCAUGAUGAUCGUGGCCAUAUCGUGGGUAUCCUUCUGGCUUCAGGCAGAUGCUUCUCCGCCACGAAUUAUGCUGGGAACCAGCACCAUGUUGUCGUUCAUCACUCUAUCCUCGUCGCAGAGCAAAACCCUGCCGAAGGUUAGCUACAUCAAGGUGUCGGAAGUCUGGUUCUUGGGCUGCACCUUCUUCAUAUUCGGCAGUCUGGUGGAGUUUGCCUUUGUGAAUACGAUUUGGCGUCGCAAGGAGAACAUCGAGCUGAAGAAGGUCAACAGCAAGUAUAUCAUCAAAUCGACGCUGACCCCGAGACCGGCACGACGACAAAUCGGUGGUAGUCUAAGCAACGAUUCCAGAGCCAGAUCCUGCUCCAGUCUAGACAAUAUAGUAUCUAGCACCGAGAGUGUGCGGAAUGGCAAUGGCAAUGUAAAUCAGGGCUUCAACAAUUACCUGACUGUGCAUCCUAAUUUACCCAUCAUUAAAACCGAGUGCGCCGACACAGUGUCCAUUUGCAGUGAACGAACGACGAGCAACGAUCAUAUUGUGGACAUGGACAAGGAUAAAAAGGACACGCCGCCAACUUUCACCACAAUGACGCCGCAGGAGAUUGCUAUGUGGAUUGAUCGACGUUCGCGUUUCCUGUUUCCGGCCAUGUUUCUAGCCUUUAAUGCCUUGUAUUGGACCUUUGUCUACGUAUUGUAAACCGAAAACGACGUAUUGUUGUUGCCAUUAUUGUGAAAUCUUGUCCAUUUGUGUAGUCCUUUUAUACGCAAAUAUUUAUUAAAUUGUAAGAUGCAUCAUCUCAUAGCUGUACAAAAUGUUGA